AUGAUUAGCCAGUACAUUACUGGCACGAAAGCUCUGAUAAUCCAAUUGUUGCUGCUGAGUCGCAUGGAGCUGUGCGUGUGGGGUGAGACACAGACGUGCCAAGGGGACGGACCUUGUCGCUGUGUGAUGAGUGAUGGUGGUGUUGUGGAUAUUAGCAGCAUUGGAAACACGGAUGGGACAGCACGGUUUCCAGAAUCUCCAAGCUACGACGCUGAUCUGUUCUCUUACAACCCUUGUUUUCCGUCCGGUGUUCAAGGCUGUAACAAUGCUGCCGUGUGUCAAUCAGUGAAUACCAGUUUCGUGAAUAUAGGCAGCCAAGAUUCCGCCCAGUGGACGUUCCGGGUACAUUACCCUAUUGUCACUUACACGUCUGUUGACAAAAAGAUCGAAGUUAUGUUGAUCUGUGACAUGAACUUCACAAAUCCUCAGUUGACAGUGAUCGGCCAGUUGCCCAAUGGGACAAUUGGUAUGAUGCUAACCAGCAGAUGUGCCUGCCCCGAAGGAUGCAAGGGGGUGGAACCAACCGGCACUAGUAGCCGGGCGCUGUCUGCUGGUUACGUGACAAUAAUUGUAUUUUUCGCUGUCAUAGGCGUGUACCUUAUUUUAGGAACAAGCAUCAACUGUGCCAGAUAUGGCAAGACUGGCAGUGAAGCGAUCCCCAAUUAUUCAUUUUGGUCUGCUUAUUUUAGCCUGGUUCAGGAGGGAUUUCGCUUUACAAAACACGCUGUGUGCUGCACAAAAGACGAGAGUUAUCAGUCUAUUUGA